GGGAAUAGACACCGCCGGACCAUAUUCGUGCGAAUGCAAGCCCCCACGUGCAUAAAAAUGAAUCCCAAUACACGGGCGUGCUCGGUCCGAGAUUAUGCCGAUGCUCUUUCGGUCGUGUCAGGCAAAGUCUAUCAGCUUUCAGCCGCUGCCUGUGUUUGUGAAGUGUUGCAAGCCUUGGAAGUGUGAAGCAGUGCUAAGUUCUGGCUGUGUGGUGCUGAUAGAUGGCGCCCAAUGUUCAAAGGUGACGGGGAAGGGAUUCAGUGUGAGAAUGGAAGUCCGUCGGUGCUGGACUGGUGCAGUAGUUUCAGUGUGAGAAUGGAAGUCCGUCAGUGCUGGAAUGGUGAAGAAAUUCAGCGUGAGAGUGGGGGCCUGUCAAUGCUGGAGUGGGGUCAUGUCAGUGCGGUCCGCAAAUCCGUCAGAGUUUCUAUGUGUGAUCCGUAAAAGUUUCAGCGUGCUAAUGUCUGUUCUUGCUGGAAUAGGAUGGAGGCGCGAGCCAUAUCCCUUUGCGCUAGGUCAGUGCUGGAAUGGGGUGCGUGUGCGAUCCGUAAAAAGUUCCAGCGUGAAGGUGUCUGUCCUUGCUGGAAUAGGAUGGAAGCGUGAGCCGUAAGAAAUUCCAACGCGAUCGCGUCAAUGUUGCGGGAAUAGGAUGGGCGCGCGAUCCCUUUGCGCUAGGUAGGUGCCCAUAGUGCCACUAAGUGGAUGCGGUCACGUGUUUGCUUUUUCUUUGUCUGUGGAUGGAGGAAGGCCGGCGACAUAUUGACUCGUAGCGAACCAAUUUUGUCGCUAGUAUUUGCCUACAACUGGUGGAGAAUGUUGGCGGCUGGUGGUGGGUAUUUAGGACUUGCCUGGUUGGGUGUCUUGUGUUUAGAUGUAGUACUACAGCAGUAGCCUGAAGAGUAUCUCCAUCACCUUAGCACGGGAGUGCAGUCACGCUCUGCAUGUGCUACAGCUACACGCCACUAGCUUAACGCAUCUCGAUGCUUAUCUAGAGCCUGUUGGCCUCAUUUGGUUGGUCUUGUGUUUGUGUUUAGAUGCAGCGGACAGGCCCUUUGCAUGUACUCGGCUACACCUUAACACAGACGAGAGAGAGAAAGCGCAGGCUUGUCCUACUGGUCUCACUGUGAUGGUCAAAAGCAAGAAGCGUGACCCAGGAAGUCCAGAAAUGAACCAACAUCACGAAGGAGGGCCGACCAGCCGGCUCCGCUUAGUUUCUCAUAUCAUCUGGCGCCUCUCAUUAUUCUACUUAUUGGCGACGCGCAAUCUGACGCCUCUCGUUUCUCUGUUGUCGCAUAUGCUUGGCGUCCAGUCGC